GCCGUCCUAGCCGGUGAAAAGCACAGCAACAACGGGUUCGUCAAUGACCGAUGCAGACAGUAGACUCUUCAUUGACGAGGUGUCCUUGGAACGCUUCGACCACUGGCGGGAGAGGGUUCAAGAGGAUCGUGUCGUCCACAUCAAGGGCUUUGGCGAUUCCCCGAAGAGCGAAGAGGCUUGUGCUGUUUACGACGAGGACGCAUUGAAGAUCUUGCACGAACAUUGCAGCUUACUGGUUUGGGACGGCGAUGACUACAACCCACGGAGUUUCACUCGACUCGUUCCAAAGUUCCUGGCGCUUGGAGAAGACCGAAGGGCCGCAGCAUUCAGGAAAAGCAGUGAGCCAUCUAUCCUGGGCUUCAAAAAGAGUUGGAGCAAGGUGGCCGAGCAAUUCCCUGGUCGAGUGGCACUGGUACCCAUGGACAUCCCUUCUGAUCCUCUUCGACUGCUCGGGCAGGUGGAGAUCAGGGAUCUGCCGCCUGAACGGGCGCAAUUUGUUCUCCUUGGCCGCGCAGCAAUCAAGGUCACCCGAGCCCAGCGUGUGCUAGCGCUGGGCGGGGGCUUGGUGGCCUUAAAGGAGGCGGAGUUGAGUGAGUUGGAUGCCUUGGAUGCCUCUCGCAAAGCAGCUGAAGGGCAGAAGGAUGUGGCCUACACUAAAUGGACGGUGUUUGCCUUGAGCAGGGGAAGGCAAGAAAAGUUUCGGACCUUGCUGGACUGGGCAAAGACCAAUCCAGUCGCUUGCGACCACUUCGAGAGGGGCAAGGAUCCCGAUGAAGCGCUUGGAUAUGGCUGUGCAGAAAUGCCUGAGACCGUUUCACCUGAACGAAAAUCGAAAGGUUCUGAAAGGACUUAAAACGCCGGCACACUGAAUCGAGCGUUGAGACGUGGAGUUGGGCGCACCAUUUAUACAUCGGCCUGGGCCUGCUGCUUGCAGGGCUUGCAGCAUGCUCUGUGGCAGAACCAGCUGCUACCCCUGGCACUAAGUAGCAGGGGAGUGUGGCUGGUUUCGCAGUGAAGUGCGCUGCCUGACUUUUCAGAGUGAACCGGCAGGCUGUUUUGAAAGUCCGUUCUCAAAA